AUGUUCGGGUGUAUAUCAACACGACUCUCAGGCUCAGACUAUGGCAGCUGUUCGCAAGUUAAGUUAACUCAAACAUCUUCAAGACAGGCUACCGUGACUAGUAGUGCACGAACUUCAAGUCAGGCAUACAGUUUUGGGGACAGCUUCUGCUUGCGCAGGCAUGAGCGUAUCAUCAACCCCUUUUUAGUUCUGAACCCUGCAAGAAUCAAUACGCGUGCAGCAGCGAGCUGCACUCAGGCUAAUAUGCCGUUUCAGGCUCCAGCCGAAGGCCUAUUCGGUACAUGGAUCGAAGUUCUACCAACCCUCAAACUCAUUGUCACGGUUCCCUCUGCAAAGCGGCUCGACCGUCCUGUAGCCGUUUGCAGUGUUUACAUCAAUAAAAUUCAUGCCCCCAAUCCAGACACUGACAACUUCAACAUCAACAUAUGCAUGCAUGCUGACCCCUUCAUUCACUGCAAGGUGGACUUCGAACGUGCAGAAGUGGCCAAGGCUUCUCGGCAACAAAGGCAAAAAUUCAUCACCAGCGCCAUGACUACCAUGGGAUCUACUAUUAGUGCUGCCCCAGAGAACGCAGGUCAGAUGUUGGAAGGCCUUGCCAACGUGUUCUACCACUACGUCCCCCCCACGGUCCCUAUGACAAGUCAAGUCUCCCUUCCUCAGCCUUACGUCCAAUUGUCCUCCUUCCAGGCACCCUGGCAAGCACCUCUCACCCUGAUGCCCUUUCAACCACCACUUGCUCCGCCAUUGCCAUCACCAUCACCCCAACCACUCCCACCUUCCAUACUACCCAUAUUGCCCAUCCUGUCCCCAUCGCCCAUCCUGCCCCCAUAUGAAUCACCCCCAUCGCCCAUACUGUCCCCAUCACCCUCAUGGCCCAUACUGCCUCCACCGCCCCCACUGUCCCCAUCUUUUCCAUAUCAGAUCAUGUGGCAAGAUCCAGAGACAACACCAGCAUGCUCAGGGUCAGCCUCCAUCUGGCAGUGGGCACGUGAGCCAGCCUUGGGUAGCGAAUUCAACUUGGACGAGUUGGUAGCAAAGUUGAAUCUUGUGUGGGACGUGCGGAAUCAGACAUUCUGGGAGCAAUUCACUCAAGAUGUAGAUGGUUGGAUUGGAAGUUCAGGAAAUGCCAGAUAUAUUAGGGGGACACGUGAUAAGCACUCGCAAAUUCAGAGGGCAGCUGCACCAUGGGAAGUGGAGGCUUACUACAAAUGGUCGACUGUUUGUUUUGCAAAGCACGCACAACUAAACAAUCUUAGCUUAUCACCGGAGGCUACAUAG